AUGGCUGCAAUUAAAGAGGUUCGAGAGACCACCUGCGUGGGCCUCGGCGCCCUUCUGGACGCGGGCGAAGGCGCUGUGGUGACGCUGCUGGCGGGGGAGACGCGGCUGGCGGCGCACCGGGCCGUCCUGGCCGCCCGCAGCCCCGUGUUCCAGGCCAUGUUCCAGCACGACACGCUGGAGGCCAGCAGCGGUCAGGUCAGCAUCGGAGACGUGGAGGGCCCGGUGCUGAGGGAACUGCUGGGCUACCUGUACACCCUGCAGGCCCCCCAGCUGCCCGGCAUGGCCCCCCAGCUCCUCGCCGCUGCUGACAAAUACGGAGUCUCGGCGUUGAAGUCUAUCUGCGAGCAACAGGUGGCCGCUCAGCUGACAGUUGAGAACGCGGCAGCCGCGGCUGUGCUGGCAGUGAGACACUCCUGCCCAGACCUUACUACGGCCGUCGUCGCCUUCGUAAAGGCCCGCAACAUCCAGGUGAUGGCCACAGAGGGAUGGGCUGACGCGAUGCGGAACUGUGUUGAAGACGUGAUCGUAGUGACCAAGCUGCUCGCUGAUGCACCACCGGGUCCCAGUGCGCCGGCCACCCCCGGCACCCGCCGCCAGCCCCACAGCGACCGCGGCCGGACUCCUGCCGCAGCUGCUCCACCCACAGCUGCCCGCCACACCCCUCCACCUGAUGAGGCCGCAGUCUCUCGCUUGCGGACACUUUCUAGAACGGAGAGAGGUAGCAGGUUGAUCCAGGCAGCUAAGCAGGGAGCAGUGGGGGAGAUGCAGGCACUGCUCGCAGCAGGGGCAGACGUGGGGGCUAGGGGCUCGGAGGGGACGACUGCUCUGCACUGGGCAGCAGUGGAGGGACGCGUCGAGGCGGUGAGAUGUCUGCUGGAGGGUGGAGCAGAAGUGGACGCCAGGAGCAACGUGCACAACACGCCUCUGCAUUCAGCUGCAAGGUUUGGCCAUGCAGCUGUGGUUCGGCUGCUGGUCGCGGCCUCAGCUGACCCCAACGCCAGCAAUGUGGAUGGGUGGACGCCGCUACACAGGGCCGCUGCCUAUGGGCACACAGAGGUUGUGGCUGUGCUGCUGGAGGCAGGAGCUGAUAGGGGAGCGAGAGAUGACAGUGGAGCCACCCCACGUCAUAUCGCCAGGCAGAAAAACAAUCAGCAGCUGGUAGAGUUGCUGACGUGAAGCUUUCUGUACUAUGAACAUCUGGAAUAAAACAA